GGGAAAGUAGUGGCGGACGGAGCGGCUGAAUUUACCGGAGACGGUCUCAGCACCGGCUGCUGUCCGUUAUUCUGCUUUAAUUUUACGUAAAUCUACCUUCCCACAAAAACAACACUGCGGUUUUCUGCUGUUGCAUGUGAAUAAAAGCAAAGAAACGGCGCCGAAAUUCGUCUUUUUCAACUCGCUUCUGUCAACUUUGUGGAAAUAUGUAACCGGGGAGACGGUAAAAUGGAGCAGUCGGCUACUCUCGACAUAGAAACGCUCAAGAUCACCCAGGAGCAGUUCAUCCUCGCCUCACAGUCCCUGCACCUCCAGCGGCCGGCCUGCGACCCAGUUUACCCAGUGGGGCUGUACGGAUGGAGGAAAAGAUGCCUCUACUUCUUCCUGCUGCUGCUGCUGGCCACCAUGAUAGUUAACCUGGCCCUCACCGUCUGGAUCAUAAAGGUCAUGAACUUCUCAGUGGACGGGAUGGGAAACCUCCAGCUGAAGCAGGAUGGGAUUCGCCUGGAGGGAAUCAGCGAGUUCCUGCUGCCUCUGUACGUGAAUGAGAUCCAGUCCAGGAGGGACAGCUUGUUGGUCUUGCGGUCAGACAAGAACGUCACCAUGAAUGCCAGAAACAACCAAGGCCAGCUGACCGGUCAGCUCACAGUGGGACCUGAGGCUGUGGAGGCUCAGUGUCAGAGGCUGGAGGUGCGAAGCAGCGACGGAGGUAAACUUCUGUUCACUGCAGACGAAGAAGAGGUCGUCAUGACGACAGAGAAGUUCACAGUCACAGGUUCAGACGGCGCCGUGUUUGGUCAUUCAGUAGAAACUCCACUGAUCCAGGCGAGGGCUUCUGAAGACCUGAAGCUGGAGUCUCCAACACGAACCCUGACCAUGGAGGCUCCCAGAGGGGUGGAAGUCAGCGCUGCCAAGGGCCCUCUGAAGGUCAGCGGUCGGAAGGACCUACAGCUGGAGUCCACAGAGGGAGAGAUACUUUUAGACGCCAACAGCAUUCAGCUCGGCAGCCUCCCGCUGGGCGUCUAUGCAGCGUCUGCCGCUCAGGCCUCCGAGGAUCAGGCCUUGUACGAGGUUUGCGUUUGCCCCAGCGGUAAGAUCUACCUCUCCCCCGCCGAGAGCAGCUCCACCUGCCAGGCCAUGAGCAACAUCUGCCUCUGGAGCUGACCUGGUCGACAAGGACGCCGACAACAUCUGCUCUGGAGCUGCAGACGCCAAACUCUUCACUUCUUCCACCAAUGGAAGCUCCCUGAAAUCAGGAAUCCGUACAGGAGAAUCUCCACUACCUUCUUAGAGUCAAAGGACUUUCAUUUUUCUACAGUCGGUUUAUUGCGGACAAGCCGUGACUGUUUUCCCGACUCAAAGAACAGAAGGGAACAGAUAAAACACAGGUGCCUUCAGCUUUACACGGCGUCAUGUUGAAACUGUGCAAUCGGAGUCAAAUGUUGAAAGUGAAAGAAGCACAAUAUCCCCCCUUGACGAAAUGCUCUUUCUUUCCAACCAUGUUAGUGUGUGUUUGAAAUUAAACAUGUUUUUAUGUGGUACAUGAUGCUGUUUUGAACAUUCAGGUGAAGCUUUUACAGGACUUCCACUAUUCCAAGGUAACUAUUACAUGUUUUCUAUGGGAGUGUAUAAACACUGAAAUAAGCGUAAACUUUGAAUUAUUACAGUUUGAAUUAAUGAGAUCUUACUGUAGCUGGAAAACAACAUAACACUGAUUUGUGCUUGUUCUUUAAACAGUUUGAUUUAUGUAAACAAACUUGGAUCCACUUCAGGUUGCAUCCUUGAACAAAAGCUAGCAACAUUUCCUGAAGUUUUUGUAGCUGUAAGAGUUUAGUAACUGACAAGAAGGAAGAUUCUCAUAUCAAAAAACACUAUUAAGUUGCAAGCUGUUGUGUUGGAACUUGCAAAUUUGGAUUCUGCUGGCUAAAUUCCACAUAUUUUGACACCAAAUCCAAGCAAGUUGUUCUACAAGAUCAUGCCGUGUGAAAAUAUAUCGGAUUACAUAUCAGAAAUGGCAUUUUGAAAACUUGCGUAGCUAACGUUCUUGUCUGAAAAUUGGGUCGAUUAGGGUGACGUUUCAUACAAGAAUGUUAGCUACAUACAUUUUUUUAAAAUGGUAGCCAUUUUAAAUAAAUAAUUUUUAAAAUAUAAUAACUAUUAAAUAAACAGUACAUGUUAAAUAAAUGAUCAAAAACAGACAAGUGAUUAAAAUAUAACAUGUUUUACAUGGUACAUGAUGCUGUUUUGAAUGUUUAAAUGAAGCUUUUGCAGGAUUUCUACUUCUCAGGGGUAACUAUUAUACGUGCUUUUUAUGGGAACUGUUAAAACACCUUGAAAUUAGCAUAAAGUUUGAGAUUUUCAUGAUUUUUUUUCUAAAAAAGCACAUAAAUCACGUCAUUAGUAGCUUUGCUGGGGCUUUUCAUCAUAACAUUCUAUUGCAGUGAACUCAAACUGAUAAAUAAAUUCCGAAAAGCUCCAGAACAGCUAAUAAAUGAACUUUGCGGUAAGUAUUUUUUAACAAGUGUACAUUUUGUGUCUCAUUAGUGAUUUCAGUGAAUUCCUGCCACUGUGUCUGCUCUCGCUAACUUCAAAGACAAGUGUAAUGGUUUAAUUGCCUGCUAGUAACUCCAGCAUAUUACAUCCCACUCAGUGGUUGGCUGACCUUGGAGCUGCAGCUGACAUCGAGGCUGGCGGCCACGUGUCGACCGACAGCGACCUCCGGCAGAGACGAGCUGCUUUGGUAAGAGCCGCGAUGGCGUUUGCACACU